AUGACUUUCUCCUUCUUUUUGCUGCCUCUGGUGUUGAUCCUCUCUGCACCUUCCACCCCAGGCUCACCCUGGAGCUGCCCUUCUGAGUGUGUUUGUAGGCAGGAUGGGCAGGUCAACUGCUCUGGGAGAGAGCUGCACUCUGUGCCUAGGAUUCUGGAUCCGGGUGCCCAAGUUCUUCUCUUGGGCCACAACCAUAUGGACUUCUUGCCCCCAGGAGCCUUCAUCCUUCUACCCGGGCUGCUCUCACUGGACCUUCAGUGCAAUGGAUUACAGAGAAUCCAUGUGCAUGCCUUCUGGGGCCUGGGGGUCCUGAAGUCCCUAGAUCUAAGUGCCAAUGCUCUCCAGGCCCUGGAACCUGGCACCUUCUGGCCACUUCGGGCACUGCACACCCUGUCUCUGGCAGGGAACCGGCUGAUGUGUCUGGAGCCCGCAUGGCUGGGUCCCUUGCUGCUGCUGCAGAACCUGAGCCUGCAGGAUAAUCUGCUCUCUAGCAUGGGCUCUGGGGUCCUGGACAGGCUGCCUUCCCUGCGUGUACUGAACCUCCAUGGGAACCCUUGGGUGUGCGACUGCAGCAUUUCCUCCCUCUGCCGCUGGCUUCGUAGCCAUAAACAUCAGGUCCCAGGAGCAGAGUCCUUGCUGUGUGUGUCCCCAGACCGACUGACCCUCAGGCCAAUGGCUGCCAUCACAGAAGCCUCAUUCCAUUAUUGUACGCAACCGCUGACCCCUUGGGAUAUGGUGGUCAUCACUAUGCUUGGGCCACUCUCAUUUCUCGCCAGUCUAGCUGGCUGCUUCAUCUUUGGUUCCUUGGUCACUGCCUUCCAGGCUCAACGUAAAAACCGAAGUGUUCACUGCCAUCGGGUGAAGAGACCCAUCCCCCAGACCCUUGGCCUGGCUGACGCAUCAGAGAACUCAACCACUAACUUCCCAACCCCAUCCUGCUCUCUGUGA